GUUGCCUACUCGUGUCUUGCUUGCUGUGUAAUCACAUUGCCUUCAACGUUCCAGCGAAUAGGUUUAAGCUACAAACCUAUCAAAUAGUAUGCGCAAAACAUCCGAUUUGUGGCCCCAGUCCAGCAGCUGUGACGGCAUUAAUAAACAGACAAUGCAACCAACAAGUAAUAUAAACUGAAAUAAACGUCAGAUAAAACAAAGAAACCAUAAACUUUGGCAUUGGAAAGAUGCCUGCAACAGUUAAAAUGAACCUUUGAGCUGCUUUGAUGUUCAUCAUUAUUUUAUCGGUGGCUCCUUUUGAAGCACUAGAACUGGGUGUUUUCACACAGACUCCCACAGCAACAGGAUUGUUAAAACUUUUAACAAACUGGACUGUGACGACUCAGGAAACCUGGUCUGCAGCUGCUCAUCAUCAUGGACAGCUGGAUUUGGCUUGUUUUCACUCUGGCCUCCUUCACAGCUGGAGCAGAGUUAACUUCAACAGACAUCCCUGAUACUGCAGCUACUGCACUCCUUACUACUGAUGUUCCUGAUGAUUCUACUACUGCACAAAAUAUAACUACUGAACAAAGCAUUACUACUGUAACUCCAGAGGAUAUCACUACUAUAACAACAGUUCCUAACAAUACCACUUCAUCUAAUACUUCUAAUUUGAGUACCACAACACAAGAUACUGAUCCAACCACUGACCCGGAAACACCAGAAUAUCCAGAAACUCCUCCCACUAGUUCCAGUCCUGUUCUUACAACCACAGAUUUGACCAGGCCUGAUACGACUGUUAGUCAGAUAACUGAUACUACCUCCAACCCCAUGACUGAUCAAAUGAAUACUACUCACUAUUCUCCUGUUACUACUAUUACAAGUGAUACUAAUACAACUACUCCUUACACAAACACUACUGCUACUUUCUACCCAACUACUGGUGCAAAUAUUACUACUUACAGUACUCCUACUACAAUCGGUACUAAUGCUACGAGCCCAUACACUAACAGUACUUUACCUCCUAAUCCUACAACAAUUCCUUCAGCAAACACUACUCAUUAUAAUUCAACUACUAUACCUAUUACUACUGCUAAUACUACUACAACCACUAUAUCCCCAACUACGCUUACCCCUCCUACCACCACUGCUCUGACAUGUGAUAACGGAGGGAAACCAGAGAACGGUGUCUGCAUCUGUCCUGAUGAAUGGACAGGAGUAACAUGCUCAAAAGAAAACUUCUGCAAAGAGCGGCAGUUAGGAGGCUUCAGGUUCCCUCGUACACCCAUCGGCUGGUUUGCAUAUUCUGAGGACAAAUGUGAAGAAGGAACGAGUGGUGCUGGUAAACCUCAGGCUUCAGCCAGGUGUUUGUCCAUGAAUGGAUCACCAGGUUUCAGCCCUCCACAGAUCUUCCAGUGUGACCUGACGCUCAGUGACAUACAAAAAAAUCUCACAAGUCCAGCUGAUUUAGAGACACUGGCGACCAGCACUCAGAUUCUGACAUCCAAAGCAGAAGAGCUGACGGCUGAAAAUGUUACAGCAGCGGCUGAGAUAGUCAACACACUGCUGCUGUCUGCAAACGCCACAGAGAGUGUCAGAGUGUCAGCAGUAGCAACAGUCAGUCAGCUGCUGAACGCCACUGUAACAGAUGAUACCAAGGAAAACAACGCAACUCUGGGGCUGACGGUGACUCUGGACCAGCUCUCAGUGAACCUCAGCCUCAGUCAAAAUACAUCUCAAUCUCAGGUGGUUCAGCCAAACCUGGUGGUCCAGUCGGCACAGAUCCCUGCUGCAGACACUCACGGAGUCCAGUUCACGUCUCUCAGAGGGAUUUCUGGGAAUUUUUUGCCCAACAGAAUUCAUCUGAACACAAAUGCAACACAGGUCGUGGUGGAAAACAGUUUCAUAGCUGAUGCCCUCAUUUACAUACGAUUCCCACCAGGCGAAGAUGUCAGAAGUCGUCAGACAGACUCAAACGUCUCUCUGGGUUUCGUUCUCUAUCAGAACGAUCAUUUCUUUCGUUCAAAACUCUAUAUGAGGCGACGGGCCACCAUCAGGGUCCUGUCAGCCAGUGUCAGAGGGCAGGAACCCAACGUGGUGCCACAACAUGUGGAGAUGAUGUUCAGACCAAGACUGAUCAAUGGGACGUCUCUGUAUGACUUCUCCUGCGUUUUCUGGAACUACAGUCAGAAGGACUGGAGCACCAGCGGCUGCUCUAAAGGAAACACUUCAGAUGGACUCAUGAGAUGUUUCUGUAACCACACCACCAACUUUGCUGCUCUCUGGUCAUACAGAGAGAACUACGAGUAUGCAGAAGCUCUGGGUGCGAUCUCCAUCGUGGGACUCUCUCUUUCUUUUCUGGGUUUGAUUGUGACGAUCAUUUAUAACGUUAAAGAAAUUUUUCAGAACAAAGAGCAGACCAACCUGAUAUCAGUGCAAUCUCGGCUGUGCAUCUACUUCAGCCUGCUGGCCUUCAUCAUCACCUUUGUCUCUGGAGUCCAAAACUCCAGCAGACAAAUUGACAUUGAGGUGCAGACUGACGAUCGGACCAAUGACCUCCUGGUCUCGGAUGAACACGUAGAACCGGACCGCGGUUCGUGUACGGCUGUAGCGGCUCUGCUGCACUUCCUCCUGAUGACCACCUUCAUGUGGAACAGCGUGAACGGUACUCAGAUCCUGAUUCUGAAAAUGCGCCGCAGUCUACCACCUCACUGGACUCUGCUGAGCAUGGCUCUGGGAUGGGGAGUGCCAGCCUUGUUCGUGGCCAUCACACUGGGGGUGACCUACAGGGUGGACAAUCCUCUGGGAUACAGACAGGAGGAAUUUUGCUGGCUGGCAGCGCUGGAUAAGAACAAACACUUCAGCUUUGAGAAACCUUUGUUUUGGGGUUUCCUCCUUCCAGUCGGCCUGAUCUUGAUCUACAACAUCAUCCUGCUGGUUUAUGUGUCCAUUAAAGCAACCAGGAAGUCCUGCUUCAGGAAGAGUUUCCUUGAAUGCUUCACUCUGGCUGUGUUACUGGGUGUGUCCUGGGUUUUUGGGUAUCUGGUCCUCGUCACUUCAGGAAAAAUGAACCUGUUCUUCAGCAUUUUGUUCUGCCUCUGCACAACCACACAGGGUUUUCAUAUUUUUAUCAUCACAGCCACAACACCAACCUUCAGAGCCGCCAUGUCCCGAUCAGUUCAGUACCUUUCUUCAGCCAGGCCGAUUCGCAGAAACACAAGGAUGAGGUCAUGACAAGCAGCUGACCCAUGACCUGGGGAUGAUUUUAAGAGGGUCUGCAUUAAAUUAUUUUUGAUGUGAACAUAAACAAAAUAACUGCAUCAGAGUCAAUUGAAAAUCACAGUCAUGAUCACAUCAACAAUAAACCUCCAGGACAGUCACGUGUUCAGGAACAGACUGCAGGUAUGAAGAUUGAAGAUUUUAUGAAGAUUUUAUUGUCAUUUUAAGCAUUAGUGUUAUUCUGCAAGCUGCUCGUUUUACUGAUCUGAAGCGAUUAAUGUUGGUAAAAGUGUCUACACUGGCCUUGUAACAAACUACAGUGACCCAGGUGGAAAAAGCAGUAACUAUUCCUGCUUCCUGAUCAUUCUGGUCUGACAUCAGACUCGAGUUCAGCAGAUAUAUAUACAUAUACAGACAUGUAUAAUGGUAAAGGAAAACAAACAAACAAACAUAAUUUUAAUGUCUUUUUUAGGUCUAAAUUUGGUCUAAUUGGUCUGAACUGGUCUUUUAAGGGAAUAAACUGGUUUCAAAUGGUCAGUCAUUUUUCAUUAAUGGAAUAAUUUAUUCUUACUAAAUGUUGAUUAUUUUAAAAAAAACAACAUGUUUUUUUAUGGUCUGUGCUCUAAUUAAAAUUGGGGGGUUAUCUUUUGUUGGCUGCUUUGAUUCUAUGUCAUCUUACAGACUGCAGACAAUCCAAUGAAAAUAAUCAUAUAUAUAAUAUAUAAUGUAAUCCAAGAAAGCUUCUGAAAAAAGCAAAAAUACAACUUGCCUUUAUGUAAGUGUCAAUUUAGCAAGUUUCAAUCUGAUAUUAACGUCUGCUCCAAACAUAACGAUUCGCUGAGAUUAAAAGCCAUCUCAAAUAAAGGAUCACAAAACUCCCAUCACAGGCCUUCGGGGUAGCUUUUACCACCAUGUUGUAGCAAAACAACACAUCCUGUCACGUGAAGACUGAGACAGAGGAAACUAAACUACCACCGAUAAUAAAAAUACCAUGAAGACCAAGACCAUGAAACCAGAAACACAGGAUGAAAAAACUGAAAGUCAUCACUACAAGAACCAAGAACAGCAAUCACAGAGUCCUCAUCACAAGAGCUAAACAAAACAAAUCAAAACAAGAAUCCAACAAUUCAACAAACACAGAAAUCAGAAGAUUACAAAAAUAAAAACAAGAAAUCACAGAAAAAUCAUUUCAACCAAACCUGAAGAUUAAAUUAAUGUCAGUCUGAGGUUUCAGUCUUUUAAACUUUAAAAACAGGUGAAGAAAAAAUACUGAAUAUCUUCAACUUUCAUACCUGUACUAUCAGCUCUAUGUUCAAACUUCUGCUGCCACAUCUCUACUGAGCAUGUGCAGAGAAAGUUUCAGCACUCAGCUUGUUUCUGAUUGGAGGAAGUGAGAGCUUCCUGUGGACCGACAGGCUGUGGGCUGGGCCUUUGUUGUAGUCAGAGGUGAUUCUGAGUCUUUUUGAGGCCUUUGGGGGAAAAUGUCAUUUUAAUAAUUUUUCACUGAUCCAAACAUAUAAAAUAUCUUCCUUUGUAUUUAAUUUUGCAGCAGUUCGGAGAUUUCAGUGAUGAUAUGAGAGGUUUAAUUUUUAUUUGUUGGCUUUUAUUUUCAUUUUUUAAUAAAGAA